GCGACCGAAAGCCAACGGCCCCGGAAGGAGGAAGUGAGGUGAGCUUUCUAAAGAGGAGGGGAGAGGAUGUGACUCGUGUUGCGCAGGCGGGAAAGUGCGUCUGGUUUCGCCUCCCCCCAAGUGUUAUCUAGUCCUCUGUGUCUUCGUGUUCCCUUCGCUUCUGUUAGAACUAGAUGGAGAAGAUCCCACGUUCCAAGAAGGACUAAGGCAUCUUGUCUUCUCCCUGCCUAGUUCCGUUUGCAAAACUUUUCCCCAAGAACAGCUGGGCACUUUUUGCUGUUGUGGACUCAACCCCUGCCAUAGUGGGGUGAGGGGGGUGGAGGUGCUGUCAACAUGGCUGAUACGUUGGAAUUCAAUGAAAUAUACCAGGAGGUGAAGGGAUCGAUGAAUGAUGGCCGCCUGCGGCUGAACCGCCAAGGUGUGAUUUUCAAGAACAGUAAAACAGGAAAAGUGGACAAUAUUCAGGCAUCAGAGUUGGCAGAGGGCAUCUGGCGACGAGUGGCAUUGGGACAUGGUCUCAAACUCCUGACAAAGAACGGUCACGUCUACAAGUAUGAUGGAUUCAGAGAGACGGAGUUUGACAAACUCUCAGAUUUCUUCAAGAACCACUUUCACUUAGACCUUGCUGAAAAAGACUUGUGCGUGAAGGGGUGGAACUGGGGGACAGUGAAGUUUGGAGGGCAGCUCCUCUCUUUUGACAUUGGUGAGCAGCCAGUUUUUGAGAUCCCACUCAGUAAUGUCUCCCAGUGUACAACUGGCAAGAAUGAAGUGACGUUGGAGUUCCACCAGAAUGAUGACACUGAAGUGUCGCUUAUGGAGGUGCGCUUCUACGUGCCACCUACUCAGGAGGAUGGCGUGGAUCCCGUGGAGGCAUUUGCCCAGAAUGUAUUAUCCAAGGCAGACGUCAUCCAGGCCACCGGAGAUGCCAUCUGCAUCUUCCGAGAGCUGCAGUGCUUGACGCCUCGUGGUCGAUACGACAUCCGCAUCUACCCUACCUUCCUGCACCUCCAUGGCAAGACAUUUGACUACAAGAUCCCCUAUACCACCGUUCUGCGGCUUUUUCUGCUGCCCCAUAAAGACCAACGCCAGAUGUUCUUCGUGAUCAGCUUAGAUCCUCCUAUAAAGCAAGGCCAAACACGUUACCAUUUUCUUAUCUUACUCUUCUCAAAGGAUGAGGACAUCUCCUUGACCCUCAACAUGAAUGAGGAUGAGGUAGAGAAGCGCUUUGAAGGUCGGCUCACCAAGAAUAUGUCUGGCUCCCUGUACGAGAUGGUCAGUCGUGUCAUGAAAGCUCUUGUCAACCGGAAGAUCACCGUGCCUGGCAACUUCCAGGGGCAUUCCGGGGCACAGUGCAUCACUUGCUCCUAUAAGGCUAGUUCGGGCCUCCUGUACCCUUUAGAGCGUGGCUUCAUCUACGUGCACAAGCCACCCGUUCACGUUCGCUUUGACGAGAUUUCUUUUGUGAACUUCGCCCGUGGGACCACAACCACACGCUCCUUCGACUUCGAAAUAGAAACCAAGCAGGGAAUGCAGUACACUUUCAGCAGCAUAGAGAGAGAAGAAUAUGGCAAACUAUUUGACUUUGUGAAUACCAAGAAGUUGAACAUCAAGAACCGAGGACUGAAGGAGAAGAAAAAGGGCAUGAAGAGUGUGCCCUAUGAUGAUUAUGCUGGUUCGGAUGAGGACUCACAUGAUGCUUACUUGGAGCGUAUGAAGGAGGAGGGCAAGAUUCGCGAGGAGCAUGCAAAUGACAGCAGUGAAGACUCUGGGGAGGAGACGGAUGAAUCAUUCAAUCCUAUGGAGGAGGAAGAGGAAGUGGCAGAAGAGUUUGACAGUAAUGCCUCAGCCAGCUCAUCUAGCAACGAAGGAGACAGUGACGAGAAGAAGAAACCUGCCAAAAAAGCCAAAAUCGUCAAAGAACGCAAGCCUCGCAAGAAGCCAUCUGAGAGUAAGAAAGGGAAAGACCCCAAUGCCCCAAAGAGACCUUUGUCUGCAUACAUGCUCUGGCUCAAUGCUAACCGUGACAAGAUCAGGGCAGAUAGUCCUGGCAUGAGUGUCACUGAUGUGUCCAAGAAGGCCGGAGAACUCUGGAAAGGAAUGUCCAAAGAGAAGAAAGAGGAAUGGGAUCGCAAAGCUGAAGAUGCCAAGAGGGACUACGAGAAGGCGAUGAAGGAAUACACUGAAGGAGGGAAGUCGGACAGCUCCAAGAAGGAAAAAUCCAAGAAGAAGAAAAAGCCAGAGAAGCCAGGGAAAGGCAAGCCGGAGAAGAAGGCACCUGCAUCUGCAAAAUCGUCUGUGAGCAAGAGCCCUUCCAAACAACUUGGAGAGAGUUUCAAGAGCAAGGAGUUUGUCUCCAGUGAUGAUAGCUCCUCAGGCGAGGACAAGAAGGAGGAUUCUGACGAGGAGGAGAUUGCCAGCACCCCGCCCAGCUCAGCAGAAUCCGCAUCUGGUUCAGAUUAGCAAGAAACACCCACACAAACACCCCGGUUCCCCACCCUUUUUACAGGUGUUGUGGUUGUUCUGUUUGUGGAGGUGAGACCGAGAGGACAUUGUUCCAGACAGGAUGGAUGGAGAGCUGGCACCACUACAAUGGUUCAGUUGUCCCCCCUCCCAGUAUUGCAGGUUGUAGUCAGGGCCAGUGGUCCCGUCCGGAGAGAAUUGGUUGUGCUAAAAGAGAGAGAACAGAGAAAGCCUAUCACCCCCCACCCCUUUUCUGCCUCCAUGUUGCCAUAGAUGCACUGUGUCCUUUUAGAUGGUGGGCUCAGUGGUAUGUGGCAUACAGCUGGAAGAUGGGGGCACUGUGUCACUUCCCUGGUCAGAUUCAGUUGAUGUCUUUUGGUUUUUCUUUUUUAAGGUUCUCUUUGCAUUUUUGUUUAUCGUGGCUAACUGGUUUAAUAAAGAUCAAGUGAAUUUGGACGAGA